AUGACGCGAGAAUUCUGCCUCGAGAACGGUAUCGAUCACGUGACAACUGCGUUGUUCCAUCCGCAGUGCAAUGGCCAAGCCGAGCGUUUCGUGGACACCUUCAAGCGAGCGGUCAAAAAGAUUCGAGAGGGGAGAAGAUCAAUUCAGGAAGCACUGGACACUUUUCUGUUGUCCUAUCAAACCACACCAAACCUGUCAACACCACAAAGCAGAUCUCCGUCCGAAGUCAUGUUUGGGCGCAGAAUUAGGACCAGUCUGGACUUACUCCGUUCACCAGCCGUUCGGGAAACGACUGCUCAACCAGAUUCAAGGUCGUUCAGUAAAGGUGAUCUAGUAUACGCCAAGGUGCACUCUAACAAUUCGUGA